UUCAAAGUCUUAAAAAUAAAAUCUCACGAUUCGCGAAACCAUAUUGUUCUAGUAGAUGCGCUUCAUUCGCAGCUUCUCACUCAUUUCCUUCACUUCCAUUUCUUCGAAUCUCACCGUCUCCCAUUUUUUGUCAUCUAAAUUUCUACUUUAAGCUUGAAUUUUCUCGUUAUCUUACAUAUUUUCUCCAUAACCAUGGAGAUGCGUAAAACAUUUAAGCAUCAGUUUGCAGGAUUUUUACUGCUUGCAUGCUUUUCGAUUCAACUUUUCGCUUCUGAUCCUAUCUUUUAUGAAUCUUUUGAUGACACUUUUGAGGGGAGAUGGAUCGUAUCCGAGAAAGAUGAGUACAACGGUGUUUGGAAGCAUUCAAAAAGUGAGGGACAUGAAGACUAUGGACUUCUUGUUAGUGAAAAGGCAAGAAAGUACGCUAUUGUGAAAGAACUUGAGAAACCUGUUGAAUUGAAGGGAAAAACUAUUGUUCUCCAAUACGAAACACGCCUCCAGAAUGGUCUUGAAUGUGGUGGUGCUUACUUGAAGUAUCUCCGUCCUCAAGAAGCUGGGAUGGUGCCCAAGGAAUUUGACAAUGAAUCACCAUAUUCUAUCAUGUUUGGACCUGACAAAUGUGGGUCCACAAACAAGGUUCACUUCAUUUUGAAGCACAAGAACCCUAAGAGUGGAGAAUAUGUUGAACACCAUCUCAAAUUUCCACCUUCUGUCCCAUCUGAUAAGUUAUCUCAUGUUUAUACGGCUAUUUUGACCCCUGACAAUGACGUGCGCAUUCUCAUUGAUGGUGAAGAGAAGAAGAAAGCUAGCAUCCUUUUGGGUGAUCAUUUUGAACCAGCUAUUAUCCCACCGAAGACCAUUCCAGACCCAGAAGAUAAGAAGCCUGAGGACUGGGAUGAGAGGGAAAAGAUUCCUGACCCAAAUGCAGUAAAACCUGAUGAUUGGGAUGAGAGUGCACCAAUGGAGAUUGAAGAUGAGGAGGCUGAGAAACCCGAAGGAUGGUUGGAUGAUGAGCCAGAAGAAAUUGAUGACCCAGAGGCUACUAAACCUGAAGAUUGGGAUGAUGAGGAGGAUGGUGAAUGGGAAGCACCAAAGAUCGAAAAUCCCAAGUGCGAAGAAGCACCUGGUUGUGGUGAAUGGAAGAGGCCAAUGAAGAGAAACCCAGCUUACAAGGGAAAAUGGCACGCCCCACUAAUCGACAACCCGAACUACAAGGGUAUCUGGAAGCCACAAGAAAUUCCCAACCCUAACUACUUUGAGCUUACAACCCCAGACUUUGAGCCAAUUGCAGCUAUUGGUAUUGAGAUAUGGACCAUGCAAGAUGGCAUACUGUUUGACAACAUUUUAAUUGCUGAUGACGAAAAGACAGCUGAAUCAUACAGAGAGACCCAAUGGAAGCCCAAGUUUGACGCAGAAAAAGAAAAAGAGAAGGUUGAGGAAGAAGCUACCCGUUCAGCAGAUGGCAUCUCGGGCAUUCAGAAGAAGGUAUUUGAUGUUCUGUACAAGGUUGCUGACAUCCCAUUUUUGGAACCCUACCAGGCUAAGAUUAAUGAAUUGAUCGAGAAAGCAGAGACACAACCAAAUAUCACCAUUGGUGUCCUGGUCUCCAUUGCAGUAAUUUUUGUCACUCUCUUCUUCAAGCUACUUUUUGGUGGGAAAAAACAGGCUUCUGCAAGUCAGCCAGCUCCUGCAGAGGAUUCAACCACCAAGGAAGGCAACGAGGAGAAGGAAGAGGAAAACGAAAAGGAAGAAACUGCUGCUCCUCGCCGAAGAACAAGGCGUGAGAAUUAGAGACUUCGAUCAAUGGUUAUAUGUUUGGAUUUAACAUUACGAAUUCCUCAAAGACUAAAUGAUACGAUAAGGAGAGAAACAAACUGAUGCCUGGUUGCUACAGAUUUCUUACCAUCACUUCGGAGCAUUCCAUUCAGUUGUAGGAAUGUAAAUUAGAAUUUAACAGGAUUGUUUCUUUAGUAAUUUUUGCGCGAUUUUGUUCUUUAUUUUCGAAUUAUAAUUUUGGAUGAUAUGAAAUUUACGGGUUAGUCAUG